AUGGAUAAUCUAGGAAGUGACAUGCUACUAGACUCCGACUACGACGAGAAGCGCCUGACCCCGAGCGAAGACACCGAUAACGUCGCCAUCAUAUCGCCAGACGACGCCGACAGCAUGGACGCCGACGCCGACCCCGAUCCCGCAUCUGAGCCCGCCCAACCCCUCGCCGACGACCACGACGCUAUGCUCGCCCGCUUCAUGCCGGCAUCGCCAGACUACGAGACAGAAGCUGAAGCCUGGCACACAUGGGACAUCGUCGACUGGACAAAGCAGCCCAAGCGGACACAUGGCCCAGUCUUCCACUGCGCUGGCCAUCCCUGGCGGGUGCUGUUCUUUCCAGCAGGUAAUUCCGCUUCGGAGAGUGUAUCCUUCUAUCUCGAACAGGGCUUUGAGGAGGAGAAGGGCCAGAAGCCGCCAGAGGACUGGUACGCAUGUGCCCAGUUCAUGCUGGUGCUGUCCAACCCCAACGACCCGUCAAUAUACAUUCAUCAUGAGGCGAACCAUAGAUUCACAGCAGACGAGGGCGACUGGGGCUUCACACGCUUCGCCGACAAGAAUCGCAUAUUUGCCUCCAAAUUCGACAACCACACACGGCCGCUCGUCGAAAAUGGCGUCGCUCGCAUGACCGCAUAUGUGCGCGUGCUGAAGGACCCCACUGGAGUGCUAUGGCACAAUUUCGUUAAUUACGACAGCAAGAAAGAGACUGGCAUGGUUGGUCUACGCAACCAGGGCGCCACGUGCUAUCUCAAUUCGCUGCUCCAGUCUCUAUACCUCACCGGUGCCUUCCGCAAAGCCGUCUACCAGAUUCCUACCGAGACCCAAGCCGAUCGAGAAGCAUCGGCUUCUGCAUACUGCCUACAGCGCUUAUUCUACCGUCUCCAGGCCGACUCAGUGGCCGUCGGCACGCAGGAGCUCACCCAUUCCUUUGGCUGGGAGAGCAGGCAAAUAUUCGAGCAGCAGGAUGUGCAGGAGCUUUCUCGAAUCUUGAUGGAGAAGCUGGAGGCGCGCAUGAAAGGCACAGAGGCGGAGAACGCACUCAAUAACAUGUUCGUGGGCAAGAUGAAAACAUACUUGAAGUGCAUCAACGUGGAAUACGAGUCGAGCCGGAUUGAGGACUUUUGGGACCUUCAGCUCAACGUCUCGGGAUGCAGGAGUCUCGAUGACAGUUUCCGAGAUUACAUCCAAGUGGAGACAUUGGAAGGCGACAACAAGUACGCGGCCGAGGGCUUUGGCCUGCAGGAUGCCAAGAAGGGUGUCAUUUUCGAGAGUUUCCCUAAUGUGCUGCAUCUCCAGCUCAAGCGAUUCGAGUACGAUUUCCAGCGGGAUGCGAUGAUGAAGGUCAACGACCGAUACGAAUUUCCAGAGGUCUUCGAUGCAUCGCCAUAUCUGGACGAGACUGCAGACAAGUCGGAACCAUAUGUCUACCAUCUACAUGGCGUGUUGGUGCACUCUGGAGACCUCAACGCUGGACACUACUAUGCUUUCCUGAAGCCCGAGAAGAACGGCCAAUUCUUCCGCUUUGACGACGAUCGAGUGACGCGCGCGACAAAGCGCGAAGCGAUCGACGACAACUUCGGUGGUGACUAUCAGAAUGCCAACGGCGUGGCGAAGGGCCAGAAUCCAUACACGCGCCAGUGGAGUACGAAGCGAUCGAACAACGCAUACAUGUUGGUCUACAUCCGCGAAAGCCGGUUAGACGAGAUUCUUCUGCCAGAUGAUCAAGUCAAGCCGCCCGAGCACCUCCCGGCCAAGAUCGCAGAAGAACGCGCGCUCGCAGAAAGGCGGAGAAAGGAGAGAGAAGAGGCGCAUCUCUACAUGACCGUUCAGGUGGCAUCGGAGGAGAACUUCAAGGCUUACCAAGGUGUAGAUCUGAUUCCGUGGUCGCCGGACAGUCCGGACGACCCAGCAGCGCCAAAGAGCCAUCGCAUUCUCAAGUCAACUACUGCUCGCGAGUUCACAGCCAUGAUGGCAAAGGAUCUCGGUGUUGACGUUGACCUUAUCCGGCCAUGGGUCAUGGUGAAUCGACAGAACGGCACGAUUCGGCCCGACCAGCCGCUGUCCUGGCCAGAUAUGACUUUGCAAGAAGCGUCUGACAAGUUCAGCACGCGUUCGGCAGGCUUCCGAGUUUUCAUUGAGCAAACGACACGCGACGAGGACGGACGUCCCAAAUGGCCCAGCGAGAGCGAUCAGCUGCCAACAGCACCCAUGGUGAAUGGUGCGCAACCGCACAGCAACAAGCCCAUCAUCCUCUUCCUGAAACACUUCGAUGUCGACAAGCAGCAACUUCAAGGCAUCGGCCACGUCUACAUGUAUCCGCUCGAGAAAGCCGUCGACCUUGUGCCUCACAUCAUGAACAUCAUGGGAUGGGAACCCGGCGUCGCGCUUGAGCUCUACGAAGAAAUCAAGCAAAACUAUAUCGAGCCGAUGAAGCCGAAGAAUACACUUGUGGCAUCGGAAAUCCAGGACGGAGACAUUAUCUGCUUCCAACGCUCGCUGACAGAAGCGGAGAUUGUGGCGAUGAGACAGACGAACCCGACCGCAUCAUUGAAAGCGGACCAGUUCUACGACUACCUGAUGAACCGACUCUUCGUCAACUUCACUCCGAAGACACUUGCCAAUCUCAGAUUGCGAAACGAGGAAGAUCAGCGAUUUUCCCUUGCUCUAUCAAAGAAGGACGGCUACGAUGUACUCGCCCGCAAAGUCGCAGAACACCUUUCAUCCAUCAACGAAACGCCCGUGGAUCCCUCACACAUUCGUUUUACGACCACGAAUAUCCAAUCAGGCAAGCCACGGACGGCGGUGAAGCGGCAGCAAGGAGCUACAGUGAACACCAUCCUUUUCGGCUCCACUGGCUACGGUGGAUACACGUAUGCGCCAACGCAAUCAGCAGAUCACCUCUUCUACGAAGUCCUGGACAUGAGUCUUACGGAUCUUGAACAGCGUAAGACGCUCAAGCUGACGUGGCUCUCCGAAGGCAUUACCAAAGAGGAGCCUGUCGAACUCCUCGUGCACAAGCAAUCCAACUUCAUUGCUGUCCUGGAAGUGAUGCAAAAGCAACUACAACUCCCCGAGGAUGUCGCGGUUCGAUUCUACGAGGUGCAUAGCAACAAGGUCUACAAAGUUUUGACGCCCACUCAAGGCAUAGUGACACUUAACGAUUUCAUGAGCCUUUAUGCAGAGAAGGUGCCAGAGGAAGAAAAAGAGCUUGAUCCGGCCAAAGGAGACCGCCUGCUCUCCUGCAUGCACUUCGAAAAGGAACCCUCAAAGUCACAUGGCAUACCAUUUGUCUUCCUCAUGAAGGAUGGCGAGGUCUUCAAGGAGACGAAAGAACGGUUAUCCAAGCGAACAGGCAUCAAAGGCAAGAACUUUGAGAAAGUCAGGUUUGCUGUGGUCAAGGGGGGCCAGAAUUACAGCAGACCUGUCUGGAUCGAUGACGAUGACAUUCUUUCCGAAAAAAUCGGCCCCGAAGAUCACCUUGGUCUCGAACAUCCUAACAGGAAUCGAAACAACUGGGUGCGUUAUGAGAGCUUGAAUAUCCGUUAGAAGCAACAUCUUUCUCGUGCUUGGCAUGCAUGCAUCAAUUCGGAUUUUGCGCAGCGAUACAGAAGGAAGGAAAAGCUGAAGGCAAGGACAAGGCCUUACAAUGGCAAGGCUCAAUGGCAUUAAGAUCGGGCGGGCGUGAAACUUUUUGCGGUGUCAUGCAUAAUGCAUCUCGUUGGAUUAUGAUGUACAGAUACCUCCUCUCGCAUGCGGCGUCAUGGAAGGAAAGAAAGGAGACAGCAGAGCAGCAGCAGCAGCCCGCCGAAGAAAUCUUCCUUCCAGUAGGACCUUUUGGUGGCUGGAUUUCUUUUCUAGAAGGUCUCAAUGUCAGCGCGCUUGCUUGC